AGCAAGGCCUGAGCUUCUCUCAAUGCUAGUUAGUCCCAGUGAGCUGCACGUCUCCAACCAGAGCGUCUGAGGUGAACAGGGUGCUGUGUUUCUGCUGAUAGCCAUGGCUCUUGGACUCAUUCUGCGGGUUUCCUGGAUUUGUUUUUUGCUGUUUGAUGGCAGUGCUGGAUUACCAUUUAAAGGUUAUGGAUAUCGAGUUAAAAAUGACUUGCGCAACCUUGGUGAUGAUGGAGAAGAUGAAGCGUUGCUUUCCUCACUCUCUGCUCAGAGUAACUGGCAGGCUUCACAUAACCGACCGACUGGCCCUGUUUCCACCUUCUACAAGCCUCCAGCUGCACAAUGGCCGGGUUUGGUUUCCUCUCUGCAAAACCUGCCCAACGCACCAAGUUCUGCUGAGGUAGAGGGACCUAUCAACGAUUACUCAAGAGACUGGGGCCUGGUAAACCUUGCGGCACAACACCUUCCUUUGAGCUCCAACUACCAGCAGAGUGACCCAGCAAAGCCUCAGCCAGGCCCGGUCCAGGCUCAAUCAGCGUCACUUGGUGUUGCUCCUACACAUGAACUGCCUGCGUAUCCAGCUGGUGACUCUACUCCUUAUGCUAGUCAGAUUGCCUCCUCCACCUCUCAGGCCGCAAAGUCUCCCAGCUUUGACUCUUGGCAGCCUGCGCCAGCUAGCGGUGGUCAGGAUGUGGCUGCUACUCUGACCGGUCCUGGAUCCCCAAACCAGAACCUAAACUCUGGCUCCAGUGGAAGUGGCUACUACAACCCUCAUCUUGUCUAUGAGGACGUCUUCCAAUAUCCUGAGCCUUCAAAUGCUGCUGGACAGUAUGGCCAAGCUGAUUACAUGAGCGAGGGAUCUUCAACUUCCUCCACCCAACAGGGAUCCUUCCCCAGUUACCCAACAUAUGUGGGAGCCCAACCUGCCUAUCCGUCUGUGGUGUUAAGCCCCUCUUAUGGGUUCUCUGGAGGAGAGAACCCCAACUUCAGUCAACUGGGCUACCAGCCACGUGAUGAAAUUCCUUCGCUUCCACAAACGUAUGUCAGCCCCCAAAAUGUUCAGGUUGCCCAGAGAGUGAGUGAACCGAUCCUUCCUCCGCCACCUCCAAGCUAUAUUGUCCAGUCCAGAAACGGCUACCAGCGAGCCAGGUAUCUCUUCAAUAAAUCCAGGUACUCCCCAGAGGUUGGCUUGCCACUGUCUGUACACUCAAAGGGUGCCAAGGGUAAUCCAGCUGCUCCUAAGGGUGCAAAGAACCCUGAAAGAACAAGUGUACAUGGAUAAUAUGUCCCAAGUUGCAGAAUGCUGUGCCCUCUGAAGAAACAAAAUAAAAUAUUUUUUAAAUUUGAGAA